AUGGGUUUUGCAGAAAUACCAUUACCGAUAAAAAAUGGAGGAUCAACACCUUUGUCGCCGGAUUUAAUUAUAGGUUUCGACCUCUACACGAAGAAAAAAGGUCUGAGAAUACUUCCACAGGGGUUGGCGUACAAGCAAUACUUCACUCCAUGGGAGCAGGUUCCGAAUUACUUCCACAUGACUGAAGACCUUAAGGAUAGCGAGAUUAAUAAUGAAAAAAAAAAUUGUGAGUUAUGUCAUGGGUUUCUUACAGAAGCUCCUUAUUAUGUUUGUGAUUCGUGCGAAUAUUAUGUCCACAAGUCAUGUGAAGAACUACCAAAACAGAUCAACAAAUACCCUUUACAUCCUCGCCACCCUCUUUCUCUUACAACACGAAAUGCCAGAUGCAAUUGUUGUGGUCGAACAAAGACGCCCGUGUUCAGUUGUGUUGGCUGUGAUUUUGACUUGGAUGUUGAAUGCUUUAAAAUGUCAAACUCCAUAACAACAUGCCCGGAAGGCCAACAUUGCAUUCAACAUUCAAGCCAUCCCCACUUACUACUACUUGUAGACACAACAAAUGCAAUUCAUGAAGAUGAAGAUAUUGAUGUUAGAUGUUUUGCAUGUCAAUCCAAGAGCUCACCAUCAGAAUCAGAUGGUGGAGUUUAUUAUGGCUGCAAUAGAUGUAAGUAUUUUCUUCAUAAACAAUGCAUUGACCAAUUACCUCAAGAAAUCCAAACCUCUCACCAUCCUAACCACGACCGUCUCUUCCUUCUUAUGAAAAGAUACAAUUGUAAAUGUAGCACUUGUGGAAAUAAAGAUCAACCUGCCUUAUAUUUCGAAUGUCCUCAAUGUGAUUUUCGGUUGUGUUUAGAAUGUGGAGUGAGACGAACACGAACCAUUAAGUAUGAAGAUCAUCCACAUCUUCUUUGCUUUAUGGAGAAAAUAAACAAUGUAGUUGAACAAUGCAACGUCUACGACACCUGUUUGAAGCAAUCAAUCAUGUGCAAUACUGAGGAAUUCCAUAAAACAGAUUCCUUUAAAUUUCAAUGUUUGGAUUGUGAUUUCAAACUUCAUUUAUUAUGUGGUCCAUUGCCUUCUAUCAUAAAACAUGACAGUCAUAUGCACUCCUUAGAUCUUGUUGAUUCAUUCAUUGAGGAUAACUCUGGUGAAUAUUGCUGCGAUGUUUGUGAAGAAGAAAGAAAUCCACGAAUACGUGUUUACUGCUGUCGGAAGUGCAAAUAUAUCGCUCACGUACACUGUGUUAUCUCUGAGGUUAUAAAUGUAUUAAAAUGAGACCUUAGAGAUGUGAAACUGAAAGUGUUGGGAGAAGAUCUUUGGGAAUUUCCUAAAGAGAUUGAUCAUGCUGCGUCUCCUUUGACUUUAAGGGAUUUGAUACAUAAAUUAAGUGAUCGUGAGCUAGGCUGGUUGAAGGGUCGUUUUUACUGGGAUGAGGAAGAAGAAGUGAGUACAACGACUACUGAAGUUGAGCCUGAAGAUGAUAAUAUUGAUGAGGUUC